UUCCUCAUCACACUCACCAGAUGUCGCCUGCGUGCAAGAGCCCCUGGGAAGCUGCUGAGUUCAACCUGUCUUCACACCUGCAGCUUGUUUUGGAGGGCGUGGAGUAUGGAUUUAAGCAGCAGCUCUUCUUCUUCUCAUCGCCUGAGUGUUUGCUUACUUCGAUAUCCAGCUGUCCUCUCGCGGUUCUGGCAAGAACAGUCCUUCCCGGAUUCCGUGUGAGUCUGAGCUCCCCUCGUUGUGGAUUACCUACCUCCGUGUCCUCCCUCGACGCUGUCGGUGCUACCGGUCAGACGCCACUCCUCGUGUGCUCACCUUUUCCCUUCGUCGAUCCCUCUCUGGUGUAUUCCCCUUCGGAAGCGUCCGGGCUAGGUGGCCCAAGCCCGAACCCAGUCGGGAAAGGAAUACAUCGAACCACAGUUGUAGCCGUUCCACCAGCGGUUCAUACCUGUCCGUUUUCCAACCUAACCCCCGCCCUGGUCGCGGCUCAAAUCGUCAUCCCUUUCCUUCCAAUAAGACGACCCGGUCAUCAGCUCCAGUAUUCGCUUCCUGACCCCCCCCCUGACUUCAAUAAAACUUAUUAUUGUACACUUUAUCGAUCUCUUCUGUUUGUGUUCUUGCAUGUGGGUUCGUAAUCUGAAACUCACC